AAUUGCUUAUUUUAUAAUUAUAGCUUGUGUGCUGGUCUUAAGUUGGAAAGUGAAAUGAAAUUGUUUUGGCAAUAUACGCAUUUACAAGUUCAAUUUAUAAUGUGAUAUUAGAACAAAUUAUUACCAGAAAGAUGUUGGGAGUUUCUGUCAUAAAUGUUGUGUUGAUAUUCACGAUUAUAAGUGUACUUGUCAAAUAUGCAGAAACCGUUACUGCAGCCGAAAUGAAGACUCAUAUUACGACAACGUUCACGAAUUACGACACUCGUGUCCGACCAGUACAUGCUGAUCAGUCGGUGGCUAUAGAGAUUACUCUAGAUUUGUCUCUUGUCAGCAUAAACAACUUUGAUAAUUCUCAACAAAAGCUAGAGACAACUGGGUUUUUAGAAAUAUCUUGGACGGACCAAGUACUUGCUAACACCUGGCAAAACAGUGAUGUAAAGGAGAUACUUGUUCCACAAAAUGAAAUUUGGCUUCCUGACCUAGCAUUACAAAAUGGGUUCGAAUCUCUUAAAGGACUUGGAAACACAUUUCAUAAUGUCAAAAUAACAGAUGGCGGGCUUGUCACAUGGAAGCCGUACCAAGUAUUUGAAAGUGCAUGUAAUGUUGAAAUUACAUAUUUUCCAUUUGAUAAAACAACGUGCGAGCUAAAAUAUGUGAUUUGGAGUAAUCCAAAGGAUCUUGUUCUUGCGAAAAAGGGGACAAAAGGGCUAGACACGGGCUUGUACGGAGCAAAUAGCGAAUGGACGCUUUUGAAAACUACGGCAACGGAAUUUACGACUAACACGUCAUCUGGAGUAACGUUUUCUAUAGAAAUGAAGCGAAAGCCGCUGUAUUACCUCUUGAAUAUUCUAGUUCCGGUAGUGAUGCUUGCCGCUCUAAAUCCGUUUGUUUUUGCACUUCCGACAGCUUCAGGAGAAAAAACUGGUUUUGCAGUCACAGCUUUCUUGGCCUUUGCUGUCUUCAUAACGAUAAUCAGCGCUGAGCUUCCUGAAAAUUCCGAGAAGAUGUCAACCUUUUCCGCCUAUCUCUUCCUUAUGACAUUUGUUAGCACCUUGAUUUCACUGAUUACCAUUGCCGAACUACGUCUUAGCAGCCGGGACGCUGACAUUCCUGUUCCAGGGUGGAUACAAAGUAUUACCAAGUGUGUGCGCAGCAUGUCUUGCCGAACUUGUUUCGGGGGAAAUAGCGGCUAUAUCCGUGGAAUGAAAUUAUCUGUAUUUAUGAGUCGGCUAGCUGAUGACGUCACAUGGGAAGACGCCGUUGACGCACUUGACUUUGUUUUGUUUUGGUUAUUUUUCCUUAUUACGCUUAUUGUAACAACGGUUUGUUUUGUAGUCGCGUCGGUAGGCGGAGUAUCAUAGGUUCAACGUUUACAAAUACUUUAUCAUCAUUGCAAAACACGCUGAUAAAAAACGUUAUUUGGUAUCUGUAUAUUUAGAUAUAUCUUAUCAGGCUUAUUGUGUUUAUUUAACUGAUUUAGAAGUGGUUUGUUUGACAAAUGAUAGAAUAUUUUUUAUCUUCUUGCUAUCUUGUAUAAUAUAUAAUACAGUAUAUAGCGACAGCUUGUUUUUAACGGAUAUUAUAAUGUAAUCAAUCACCUGUCUGCUGCACGGUAUUUGUGUAAACUUAUAAUUCAUUGUAUACAAAAC